AUGCUCAGUUGUAGACAACUGACCAAACUUCAAGAGUUAGCGAAGUUAGUUCAACUCGAACGGAAUGUAAUUCUAAAACGGAAUUACUACAAUAGAGGAAUCAUUGGAAAUAGAGAAGUUGUGGGCUAUGGUCUUAACGGAAGUUACAGUUACUACGAGAGCACUAUGUUUCCCUUCCCUGCAGUCAGAUGGAUGGAAAACACACCUGAAAUAAUGGCUUUGCGCGAGAAGGAGAAAGGAGAUUGGCGUAAGAUGACAGUGGAAGAAAAGAAAGCUCUAUACCGAGCCAGUUUCCGUCAAACAUUUUCCGAAAUGGACGCUCCUACUGGCGAGUGGAAAAUCGUUUUUGGUAUGGCUUUCUUUUUGCUGGGCUUGGGAUUCUGGUUUGCUGUUGUCAUCUUUAACACGGCUAGAACUCCUUUACCCGAAACUUUGACUGACCCUGUUAGAAGAGAGCAUAUUUUGAGAAGGAUGAUCGAUCUUAGAAUGAAUCCUAUCGAUGGACUUUCCUCGAAAUGGGAUUACGAAAAUGAUCGCUGGAAGUAA